GUGAGCGCGCACUGUGUGUGUCAGCAAAGGUGGAGAUGAGUCUCGAGCACUAAGGAAUGUUAAAUCAACUGGAAGUUACUUAAGUAUUUUAUAAUUUAGCAUUAAUUAGUUUUGUAUACAUAUAUAUAAGUAUAUUCGCUAAAAUGUCAAGAAAGAACACCAUAGGACCAGAGUACUUCCGGUUGCGUGAUGACGACAGCCUCAUGCGGACCCACGAGACAAUGGUGGAUUUUAUCAAGGAUAGAUCUGCAAACCGCAAUUUCUUAGAUGCCUUAAAUUUUGGUUAUGGGUUUGUUCCAGAAUUGGACCGCUUUGCAGCUCACUUUACAGCAUACGAAAGUUCAUCUGAUGAGGAUUCUUACGAUUAUGAUUAUGAAGAUGACAACAAGUAUGCCAUCGGUACAAACAACAGAAACUGUUCUCGCAACUUCCUUGAAAGAGGUCUGCCAAAACCAUCCAAACAAAUAUCAGCUGAGGAAGCAGAAAGAAAUGCAAAAGAGCUAAUGGAUGACGAAGAAAAACUUAAGAAAAAGGCAGAGAAGAAAAAACAGAAGAAGACGAGACAGAAGGAGAGACGUCGGUUGGAAAAAUUAGAGAAGGAGAAUUCAAAUAAAGAAAAAAAUAAACCGGUUCAAGUUGACCCUGGACCAGAAGAGAUUAAACGUGCAGAUAAAGAUGAAAAUAAAGUUAAAAGCAAAAAUUGUACAUCUGUGCCUCCUGGUCCUCAACGCCCCUCAGCACCUGUACAGAGCAGUGAUAGCAGUAAUGAAGAUGAUCAAGAGGAAGACUCAACUAUGGAUCCAGAGGAGCUUGACAUGAGCAGCUGCUUUGUGUCAAAUGCAGCCAGUAUUGCCAAACGCAAACUUGAACAAAAACCUAAAAAUGAUAAGAAACAUGCUCAAGAAAACUCAAGAAAACCAUGUGGGUCUGAGGAGAAAGACACUACAAUGCGACAAAAACAGAUUGAUAACAAGGUGGAGGAGCAGCAGCCAGAGGAGACAGUCAAUGCAAAUUACUUUAUUACAAGAAGCGUGGAGCUGGCAGUUAUAGGUAAUGAGUAUGCCGCCUCAGGACAACUGGAAAUGGCUGUGAAAUAUUUUACAGAUGCUAUAAAACAUAACCCUAAAGAGUAUAAGUUAUUUGGCAAUCGUUCUUACUGCUAUGAAAAGAUGCUGCAGUAUGAGAAAGCUUUAAAUGAUGCUGAAAUUGCUCUUUCUAUGAACCCCAAAUGGAUUAAAGGGCUUUACAGGAAAGGCAAAGCACUUGUUGGGCUGAAGAGAUACUAUGAAGCCAGACUUACAUAUAAUGAAGUGUUAAAACUGGACAGCACGUGUAAGGACGCAGCUGAGGAGAUGAUGAGGGUGCAGCUCAUGCAGCUUAUGGAAAUGGGAUUCACUAAAGAGCAGAGUUCAAACGCCUUAAUUCUUCAUGGAACUGUAGAAAAAGCCUUAGAGAGUCUCUCGGGGCUGUCAGGUCUAAACCCUGUCCUAGCGCCCAGAGAACACCAGUUAAUGUCUGUAGAGCAAAACGCACAAUCUCCAGCUAAAUUCCCCCUCAGACCUCUUCCUCAGAAUCAGCCUCGACCCAGUAUGCCAACCACUGCUCCGGUUUAUCAUCAUCAUCCUCCUCCUCCAGAGCUAUUUCCCAUCUGGGUCGGAGAUCUGGUGCCUUCUUUGACAGGACAAAAGCUUUAUCACUUAUUCAGCUCUGUUGGGCAUGUCCAUAGUGUAAGAGUGUUACAAAUGAGACACUGUGCAUUUGUUAACUACACCAAGAAGGAGGACUGUGAUAAAGCCAUAAAGGAUUUCCAUGGUUAUGUAAUUGAUGGGACAAUUCUAGUGGUGCGUUAUCCAGAUAGGAUUCACACACGUCUCGGAGUGUCCAGAGGUGCCUCUACAGAGUCCUCAGGGAAGAAUGGCAAACAGCCUGAUGAAUGUUAUUUUUGGAGGACAAAUGGCUGCAUUAAGAAUGAUCGCUGCAGUUACAAGCAUAUACCAGAAAACAAGGGCAUUGACCGAAAUAAAGCCAAACCAUACCCCUGAUUCCCAGGACACAGACAGAGAUUUAACCAUCGAAAUCACUGUAAUUAGUUGGAAACAUGAAGAAGAAAAAAAAUUCUCAUGCAUAAAAUCUCAUGCUUGGGGCUUUGGUGUUUGUAUGGUCAUUUGUCAAAGUAUUUUCUAAUUUGGGUUUUAAAAUAGUCUUAAUCUCAGUCUGUACACAAGUUGAAGAGAGUUGAUUUUGGACAGCAACGUAUUUUUUUUUUUUUUUUUUUGGUCCCACAGAAUAAUACAUUCCAUUUUACGGAGUCAGUUAUUGGUUUUAAUGUUUAAGAUUGACUUGAAAGUUUAUAUUUAAGACUGUUUAAAGUUUAUUUCAUGAAUGGUGGCUGCAGAUGUUUUUUUGUUUUUUUUUUUAAUUGGAAAAAUAUUUGCCUUCUGACGUUACUAUCUGAAGGAUUUUAAACCAUAAGUAUUGUUACAUUGAGAAGUUUUAUUUGGAAUUGUGUAAAUUCUGAAGUGUCACAAGUUAAAAAAAAGAAAUUGUCAGUGCUCCUAAUGGUCCUGUGCCACUUCUGCUGUAGAGAUCAGUAGACCAUAUCAUACCAUCUUGAUGAGGAAAGAUUUUGUUGUAAUUGAUACACCUGUAAAGCAAUGCAGAAACUCUUACAAUAAAAAAUGCCCUGAAAAAUGGUGAAAA